AGGCAACAAUCAACUAACCUUUCCGUCAACAACAGAGUGGUGUGUGUGUGUGUUUCUGAAAUAUAUGCAGAACGAAUAUUACUUUAUUACUGCUUAGUGACUGCAAAGAACUGCUAGACACUCACAAUGCCAGCUAAGAAGGAAGCAGUAGCCCUUCAGAAAGAACUGUUAAAUCAAGAGCAGUGGGAUGAGAUGUUAGCUGUGGAAGGCUUAACAGUUAUUGACAUUUAUCAAAAAUGGUGUGGACCAUGCAAGGCGGUGCAGGGACUAUUCCGACGCCUAAAGAAUGAAAUUGGUGACGAUUUACUACAUUAUGCCACAAUAGAUGUAGAUGAGAUUGCAGAUGACAUCAGUAUGAGGCCUGUUAGUGAAGGCAAAGUCAGGAGGUUUUUUGAAGCAGAAGGUUCAGAACCAGUUCCCAAACAAGUCACCAUUGUGCUCAUCAAACCUGAUGCAGUAAAGGCAGAAAAAACUCAAGAGAUUGUUGAGAAGAUUAAUUCUCAAGGAAUGGAGAUAUUAGUCCAGGAAGAAAGGACCUUAACAGAAGAUGAAGCGAAGGAGUUCUACAAGGAGCAAGAAGGGGAAGAUCAUUUUGAAGACCUUGUGAAGUUUAUGGCAAGUGGGCCUAGCGUUAUCAUGGUUCUUACAAAGGGAGACACAGGUGAAGGUGUUGUGGAAGAGGUACGCGGGGUGAUUGGUCCUAAGGAUGUCGAAGUUGCAAAGACAGAUGCUCCCGAAAGUUUGCGAGCCAUAUUUGGUACAGACAAGACAAUGAAUGCCUUACAUGGUGCUGACUCAACAGAAAGAGCAGCUAGAGAAUUAUCAUUCUUCUUCCCAUCGUUUGUGGUACCCAACGUACCUGGAACCGGACCACCACCAAAAAUAGAGAAAACUCUUGCCCUUAUUUUGCGAGCCAUAUUUGGUACAGACAAGACAAUGAAUGCCUUACAUGGUGCUGACUCAGCAGAAAGAGCAGCUAGAGAAUUAUCAUUCUUCUUCCCAUCGUUUGUGGUACCCAACGUACCUGGAACCGGACCACCACCAAAAAUAGAGAAAACUCUUGCCCUUAUUAGACCAGAGGCCCUGAAACAGCAUAAAGAUGCCAUCAUGGAAAAGAUACAUGAAGCAGGAUUUGAGGUCUGUCUACAGAAAGAAAUCCAACUGACAGAGGAGCAGGCAAAGGAAUUCUACAAGGACCAGGAAGGAGAGGACCACUACGAAGAAUUAAUCAAACAAAUGAUUGCUGGACCAGUUCUGGCAUUAGGUUUAGCAAAAGAAGAAGCAAUUCAAGGUUGGAGGAGUCUACUUGGACCAAAAGAAGUGGAAGUUGCAAAGGCAGAAGCCCCUGAUAGUCUAAGGGGGAAGUUCAGUAUCACAGAUUCUAGAAUAAAUGCAAUCCAUGGCAGCGAUUCGUUAACUUCUGCUGAGAAAGAGCUUGAAAUGUUCUUCCCUAAGGAACACACACUUGCAGUCAUCAAACCAGAUGCAACUGGUGAACACAGAGACGCAAUUAUUGAGAGGAUAACAGAGGCCGGGUUUAACAUAGCCUGCCAGAAAGACAUUCACAUGGACCAAGACUUAGCUACACAACUCUACAAGGAGCAUGAAGGCAAAGAGUUCUAUGACAGCCUUAUAACUCACAUGACCAGCGGUCCAUCCAUGGUGAUGGUGUUGUCAAGGGAGGAUGCAAUUGAUAAUUGGCGUACGCUUAUGGGUCCAACCGAUCCAGAAAUAGCGAAAGAACAAGCUCCAGAGUCAUUGAGGGCGCUACUUGGUAAGGAUAUCCUUCAUAAUGCUAUCCAUGGCAGUUCAACAAAGGAUCAUGCAGUUCAAAAGAUAAAGGAAUUAUUCCCAGAAGUUGAAGUUACAGAAACGGGCAAUAUCAGAGUGCCCGAGAAAAUAGAUAAUGAGAAGAAAGAAAGUGAAACAACUGUAACAGAUGAUAAUGCAGAUGGAGAAGCAAAGAAAGAAUCUGGAGAGGGCAGCAAUGAAGAAGAACCUGCAGAAACCAGUGCUCCAGUUGAGACAAAUGCUCCAGUUGAAGGCAAUGCUCCAGUUGAAGGCAGUGCCCUGGUUGAGAAAACUAGUGUUCCAGAAGCUAGAGAGGAGGAAUUAAAUGAAUCAGAAAACAAAGAAAAUAAGGUGGACGAGGUAGAAGGAACAGAGGAAGCAAAGACAGAUGGCAGUGAUCCAGCGGAUGCUGUGGAAAAACCACAAGAGGAAGCUGCAGAUGUAGAAGGAACAGAGGAAGCAAAGACAGAUGGCAGUGAUCCAGUGGAUGCUGUGGCAGAACCACAAGAGGAAGCUGCAGAUGCAAAAGAGGGUGAUGCACCAGCUACUGAUGCAGAAGCUCAACCCAAAGAAAGUAAGCCAGAAGAAGAAUCAACAGAAGAGAAUAAGGCUGAAGCAGAGGAACCUAAACCAGAAGAACCAAAGACAGAGGAUGCUGAAGAACAAAAGGCAGAAGUCACUGAAGAACCCAAGACAGAGGCUGUAGAAGAACCCACGUCAGAGACUGCAGAAGAAACUAAAGAAGCACCUGACGAAGCCAAGACUGAAACAACAGAAGAACCCAAGGCAGAGACAACUGAAGAUGAACAACCUACGCCAGAGGCAGCUGCAGAUGAAAAAAAUGAAGAUUCUGCUGAGGCAAAACCUGAAGAUGGAGAAGCUAAGCCCACAGAACAUGCAACAGUAGAGUCUGUUGGCGGGGACUAAACACAGACAGUUGUCCAAGAUAAAUGGCGACUUUGCCUGAAGGAUCAACAUAAAUUCCGCCCAGUCUUCUGUGUAUAUUUGUGUAGCAUUUUAGUUGAUAAAUUGACAUUAUAAUUGUACCAUUAAAUUGGUAAUUAUGUUUUUAUUCACAUCCUACUACUGAUUGUAGCCAAAUAUAUUAUAUUGAAUGUUGUGUAGUGCUAUAGUAAAAUUGUAUUUAAAAUAUUUAUGGAAUGUUGAAUAUGUUAUUGAGCAUUCGUGGAUAAGCCUUGAUUUUCAAACUAAAUUAUAAUAAAUUCAGAUUCAGUUAUUUAUUGAUUUAAUUUUUCAUUUGUAUUGUACAUAUAUUGUGGUGUGUCAAAACAUUGAAGAGGGGAUUACUUUACUAGGCAAAAAUUAAUGCAACAUAAACAAUUAUUUAUUUUCUGUAAAUAUAUUGAAAAUUUGUCUAUCAUUAGCCAGUUACUUGUGCGAUAUUGAUAUUUCACCCUGCCGUGAUUCUAGAUGACCCCAUGCUCCAGCAUAUGUGGUCCAUCUUGCACACAGUACAAUAGCUUAAAUACCUGCUAUAAGUACUGUAUUUUAACAGUAGUUUUUCAGGAACUGAAAUAUUUCUAUGGCUCAGUGCACACACUGUGGUUACCACCAGUUUUCAAAUGUCAUAUGCUCCUUCUAUAUCGAAGUUCAAUAAAAUUUUU